GGAGCCUCCCUGAGAGUUGUCAAGGUUCUGGUUGUGGACUAUCCGAGAGGGGAGCAAGGGCGGCUACGGACGGUUGUACAAUGCCGAAUAAAACGAAAAAGGAUAAGGAGACUCCCAAGUCUGGAAAAGUGGGAAAGAGUGGAGGACAGGAGAAUUCGGAGCAUGAGGGCUCUAACAGGAAGGCUAGCAAUAGUGUCCCUCCCACCACUCAGCUGCUAAAGGGGAAGCAGCCAGGUUCUCAGACGCCUGUCAAAAAGGACAAGAGGCAGAGUUCCUCUCGCUUCAGCUUGAGCAACAACAGGGAGCUACAGAAACUGCCUGCUUUUAAAGACGUUCCCCCUGCUGAGCAGGAGAAGCUGUUCAUCCAGAAGUUGCGGCAGUGCUGCGUCCUCUUUGAUUUCGUCUCUGACCCACUGAGCGACCUAAAAUGGAAGGAGGUGAAACGUGCAGCGCUGAGCGAGAUGGUGGAGUACAUCACCCACAACAGGAAUGUCAUCACAGAACCCAUCUACCCAGAGGUGGUUCAUAUGUUUGCUGUAAAUAUGUUCAGGACGUUGCCGCCAUCGUCCAACCCCACCGGUGCAGAGUUCGACCCAGAGGAAGACGAGCCCACGCUAGAGGCCGCAUGGCCACAUCUGCAGCUCGUCUAUGAAUUCUUCCUACGGUUCUUGGAGUCACCUGACUUUCAACCAAACAUAGCCAAAAAGUAUAUUGACCAGAAGUUUGUAAUGCAGCUCUUAGACCUGUUUGACAGUGAAGACCCCAGGGAAAGAGAUUUUUUAAAGACCACUCUGCAUCGCAUCUAUGGCAAGUUCCUGGGCCUGCGAGCGUACAUUAGGAAACAGAUUAAUAACAUAUUUUAUAGGUUCAUUUAUGAGACCGAACAUCAUAAUGGAAUAGCAGAAUUACUGGAAAUACUAGGCAGCAUAAUCAAUGGGUUUGCAUUACCAUUAAAAGAAGAGCACAAGAUCUUCCUGCUGAAGGUCCUGCUGCCUUUGCACAAAGUCAAGUCUCUUAGCGUAUAUCACCCACAGCUGGCCUACUGUGUGGUACAGUUCCUAGAGAAGGAUAGCACCCUCACAGAACCGACGGUAAUGGCUUUGUUAAAGUACUGGCCGAAAACCCACAGUCCAAAAGAGGUGAUGUUCCUCAAUGAACUAGAGGAGAUACUGGACGUCAUCGAGCCUUCGGAGUUCGUCAAAGUCAUGGAGCCCCUGUUCAGGCAGCUGGCCAAGUGUGUGUCGAGCCCACACUUUCAGGUGGCAGAGCGAGCUCUCUACUACUGGAACAAUGAGUACAUCAUGAGCCUCAUCAGUGACAACGCUGCCAAGAUCCUGCCCAUCAUGUUCCCUGCCCUUUACCGCAACUCCAAGACACACUGGAACAAGACGAUCCACGGGUUGAUUUAUAACGCUCUCAAACUCUUCAUGGAGAUGAACCAGAAGCUGUUCGACGACUGCACUCAACAGUUCAGGGCAGAGAAGAGCAAAGAGAAAGCCAAAUUCAAAGAGAGGGAAGAAGCCUGGCUGAAGAUUGAGAAUCUAGCAAAGUCAAACCCACAGUUUCUGACGUACAUUGACGCGUUAGAAUCAGGCAGUCCGAUGGACAUGGACACAGACGGGCCAAUGCUAGACGAUGUAAACCUGCUAAAGAAGACGGUAGAGGAGGGAGCCACACAGAUCCAAAGAGAUCAGCGCAGAGAACGUCCACUGAUGAGGAGGAAAUCGGAGCUCCCCAAAGACAUCUCCACCGUCACGGCCUUGGAGUUGCACCGAAGAGCGGAGGAAAUCGUGACGACGCACGACGGCCACUAAGAGACCAACCGCGAACCAGCAGCAGCAGCAGCAGCAGCAGCGUCCACACAGGAACCACAGGCCCACAGAGGUCCAGCACAACAACAGUAUCUCAGUCCAGCCCAGCACAAACACAGAACUGAACAGCCCCAGCUCCACCUGACACAAGAAAAUGUCUAAAGCCACACAUCGAAGCCCGUUGAGGCUUUUUUUUUCCUGAUCCCCCCCUUUUCCUCCCGCCCGGUUGCAGCGGUGCGGCUCGGUCCUACGGGACCACGACGCGCGCCGCUUCCCAAACUUCACCCUAAAUCCUCCGGUGUCGUUACCCCCCCCCCCUCCCUGCUCGUCUGUCCUCUCACCGUGUGCGUAUUGGGGGUGCCGUGCUGCCCCCUUCUGGUCAUUUUUCUCAGGUGUUCUGUUCUGCGUGCGUGAGCUGUCUUCUCCUCCUUGCCUCUUCUUUAUAGAUGUCAGGUGCUUGUACAAAUAUUAUGAGCCCCCAACCGCUCAACUCCACAGAGGUAAAAAAAGAUAAAGCGUCAGUUGGUGAGACAGUGUCACUUGUUUCUAUAUAUUUAAUAUUAGCUUAUUUUUCACGUAACAUAAUAACUAGACGGCUGUUUAUAUUUUUCCCGAGAGAGUAAACAAAAAAAAACAAAAAAACACUUCUUACGUGUAUAACCGCUCCGUCGCUUGCUAGUUUUUCAUUUCCCACCGGCUGUGAAGACUCAUCGAUCGCUCUGUUUGUGAGGACAGGGUCAGCGGGGACUCAGCAGGAGUGUCUGGAUUGGUCUGUUCAUCGAACAGAGCUGCCCUGACUGAGGUCCAGGCUCCAGGUCUGUGUUGAAGCCUAGUUCGGUGCCAACUCCUCAUGAAUUUCCUUUCUUAAAAAGAAAAAGGAAAAAAAAAAAAAAGGUGAAUUGUAUAGGCAAUAAAUUCGCACAGAUGAGUGUGUGUCUGUGACUCAGCGGGUUACACUUCCAUGUUAUCGGUCCCUGUUUGCUGCACCCGUUACACAAGAGGGGGAUUUAUCUGCCAUCGAAGGAGUGAGUUUAACAUUAGCAUUCACUGUAAGUCAUUCUUGCGAGGCUUAUGGGAGGUUAAAGUGUUGUUGUUGUUGUUGUUGUUGUUGUUGCCGUGCGUCGAGAGAAGUCAAACGGGGGCAGAAACUGCUGAUAGGUAUUGAUUUUUCUACUCUUCUCAAGCGAGACCCUUUUAUUUACACUGAGUAGAGAUGAGUCCACUUCGUGGAGGAAGUCCGUCUGGUUUGAGGAGCUCAAACAUAAGCCUUUCUUUUCACAGUGCCUUUUGUAGUCGGAGGGGAUGUUUGCUCAACCGAGAGUGGAGCGGCAGCAGAAAAUGAAAAGCAGGUAAUGAGAAGAAAAUAAAAAUAAAAACGGUAAUCUGCCCCCUUCUCCCUAAAAAAAAAAAAAAAAAAAAAAAAAAAAAAAAGAGGUCCUGGCCCUCGUUCCCUGCAGCUGCUCGGACUCCAGCACAUGCCUUUGUCGAAGCUACGUAGAGGAUUUUGUAGUAAAGAGAGCCGAGGCAGCGUGGUAGCCCCCAAACCACUUCAGCGAUGAAGCACUUCCUGAUAAAACUUGAAAGAAAAUAGAAACACGACU